AUGGCGAAAGGCGAGGGAGUAAUCUCCGACUCCCUCGGCGACCGCCCGGACAAGACUGCGCUCUCGCUCAACAUCUCCUCCCUCUCCGUCACCUCCCCCACCAACCUGUCCCCCAUCAACCCUUCCCCCCACCCGUCCACCCACGCGAGCUCCCACGUCUCGCCCAUCACCCCCAUUAGUCCCUCCGCCAACAGCCUCAUCGCCCACGGCCACCACCCCCACGCGCACCACCCCCACAUCCAGCAGCCGUUCCAGUUCGCGCCCCCCGACCACGGCGUCCGCUACGACGAUGGCCACUACGACAGCUACGGCAAGCGUCUCACCAGCUCCCGUUCCUCCUCUUGCUCCGACAAGUCCGUCCCCCGUAAGCGCAGCUACCAGUCCCUCGCCCCCCUCACCACCAACGUCGAGGAGGGCUACCACAUGGGCGAGAACCCGCAGAGCGCGCUCUACGACGAGGUCGACAUGUCCUACCCGAUGGACGCCGAGGGCAGCCCCAUCGACGGCAGCAACUCGGGCGGAGAGCAGGACGACAAGCCGAUGGACGGCCAGGUCUCGACCUCGGGUUCUUCUAUCCAUCAUGGCUCGGGCCCCCCGCCCUCGCUCGGGGUGCUCAACAAGCCCCUCGGGACGAACAACUUCGUCACCAAGCUGUAUCAGAUGAUCAACGACCCAAAAUCCUCCCAGUUCAUCAACUGGACAGAGCUCGGGACCAGCUUCGUCGUCUCCAACGUGGGCGAGUUCAGCCGCACUAUCCUCGGCUCCCACUUCAAGCACAACAACUUUUCCAGUUUUGUGCGGCAGCUGAACAUGUACGGCUUCCACAAGAUCAACCGCACGCCCCGUGCGCAGCGCACUUCUGCGGACGUGCAGACCUGGGAGUUUUCUCACCACAAGUUCUUGCGUGGCCGCCCCGAUCUUCUUGAGGAAAUCAAGCGUAAGGCACUUGAGCCCGAUCCCUCGCUCAAGCACCGUGUCGAGCUUCCUGGCGAAGUUGCUGCGCAACUUUCGUCGAUGCGGGACGACAACCACCGCCUCAUGGUCGCCUUCCAGCAGGAGCGCCAGAAGGUUGAUCGUCUCGUUUCUGUUACCAAGGCCAUGUACGACGUCAUGGUCAAGACGUGCGGCAAGCGUUCCCUGAUCUCGUCUGCAGUGCCGACUCCAUUCCCUUCGGAUAUCUUAGAUUCCACCGAGAGCCCCAACAUAUACGUGACCUCGCCCCAGAGCGCCGCCCCGCCCACGUCGCACUUCCAGACCAUGUCUUCUCUUCCUCCCGGCGGCCUCCACUCGUUGCACUCCAUGAGCCCAGGCUCGAGCCCCACUGCCUCCGAGUUCCCCUCGCAUGCGCACUCCUCUCACACGCUCUCGCGCCAGCACUCGUACCAGCACAUGCCGUACGACACCAUGCACCACCCCCACCACUCCCACCAUAGCCCGCACCACAGCCUCCAUGGCAUGAGUGCCGCUCGGUUCGACUCGGCGAUGUCGACGCCCCUCCCGCCUUCCCCGGGUGGCAUGGACUACGACGAGCGCGUCAGCGCGAAGCGCCAGCGGACGAAUCCGUCUGGCUCUCUGUCGCUCUCCCACUCCGUCGACCCGAACGCGAAGAAGAGCAGCCGUGCGCGCAGCGACAGCGCGCCUCUCGGCUAUGGUCUUUCCAGCUGGCCGCAGACCCGCCCUCGCUCCGGUUCCGGGCUCGCCCCGCGCGGCCUCACGGGCUCCGUUGGCGCCUCUGGUCUUAGUGCCGGGGCCGCGCUGAACGGGCGCAGGGAAGAGGUGCCCAACAUCGGCUCGCUUUCCCGCGGACAGCUCCCGAUGCUGUCCAUUCCGUCGAUGAAGCAGUCGAGCUGA